AUGAUAGCCCGGGCUUUUGCUUUAAGUUGUGGAGAAGCGGAGGCCAGCAAUAUGAUGGUGACAGGUCAGAUCUUUAUUAGUGAUAAAAUUUGUAAAGUACUUUUUGAUUAUGGAGCUACACAUUCAUUUGUUUCCUUAGAAAUGAUUGAUAGACUAGGUAGGCAUAGUGAGAAUCUUAAAAGGGAGUUUGUCAUGACCUUACCAUCUAGGGAAGUAAUGAUAUCGUCUAGAUGGUUGCAAUCCGUCCCAAUUAUUAUCGAGAAUAGAGAGUUACUUGGGGACUUGAUCGAAUUAAAGAUAAAGGAUUAUGACGUUAUUCUGAGAAUGGAUUGGUCUGUGAAGCAUGGAGCCACAAUACAUUGUUGA